CUGAGCUAUCUUCCUUUGGCUAUAUUUGCCUCUAAUUUCACUCUAGAUGUGAAAUUGUGUCGUUUUUUAAUAUUUAUUUAUUCCCUUUUGCUGCCCUUGUUGUUUUAUUGUUGUAGUUAUUGUUAUCAUUAUUGUUGGAUAGGACAUAGAGAAAUGGAGAGAGAAGGGGAAGACAGAGAGAGGGGAGAGAAAGAUAGACACCUGCAGUUCUGCUUCACUGCUUGUGAAGCAACUCCACUACAAGUGGGGAGCCAGGAACUCAAACCGCGAUCCUUAUGCCGGUCCUUGUGCUUUGUGUCAUGUGCGCUUAACCCACUGUGCUACAGCCUGACUCCCUGUUGUUGUUUUCUUAUAGUGUGCCACAUCCACCCAGUCCAUCAAAGAACACCAAAAGAGAACCUAAGACCUCUGAGACUACAACUUGUAGGGAUCAUGAGAAAGCAGGACAGGUACCAGUCUCCUCAGACAAACAAAUGAUGGGGGUGGGUGCCACUGAACACAAACAGGGCUGGGAGAACAAGGGUUCUGAGUGAACAUAGACCCUGCACAUCAAGUGGGAUUGUGGCCACUCCUGCAACCCGAGGACUCAGCCUAUCAAACCCAUCUUGCCGAUCGCUGUUCAUAUGUCCUUUUAUCAAACACACUCCUGGAGAAAUCCAGUCUUGGGGAGCACAGGAAGAAGUGUGAAGAUAAGAAAGCAAAAGAAUCCAUACUACUUUGCGAACCGACCAGCAAGUGCUGCUAUUGUCACUGAAAAGAAAAACGAGUUUACUAAGAACCUUCUCAAACAAAUAGAUGCCAAUAGUAAACUGGCCAAGGAAAAGAAAGAAAACCAGAAAGUCUUGGAGCAACUAGAACGGCUGCAACUCAAACAAGAGAUUGAUGAACAAAAAGCUGAACUGAAGAAACAUCAAUUUGAGCAGAGAGAAAUGUAUAAGAAAGCACUGGAAUACCAGCUGAAACACAGGCCUUCCAGACUGCCCAUCUAUGAGCCCAUGGGCACCUUCACCAACUUUGGGCAGAAUGAGAAGACCCUGGAGGCCGAGAAGCGGCAGAGAAAUAUUGAAUACAUGAAGCAGCAGGUGGAAGCCGCUGCAGGCCACAGAAGACAGCUUAUCCUCAGCCACAUAAAAAAUCUGCAGCAAGAAAAAGAAAUGUUCCAGAAAAACCAAGAAAAGUAAGGGGCCUGGCCCUUCCUUCCCCACCAUAACCCUCUCCUCCUUUCUCUCCCUCUCCUCCCCCACCCCUUGACACCAACCUUAGUAGAAAAAUGUGUGGACACGUGGAGAGUCAUGACUGACCCUAGCUCACCCCAACCUGCUUCUCAUCUCUACUCCCCAGUCAACUUCUGAGGCUGUUGCAUGUCAC